AUGGAAGCAAUGGCUGGAGACCUGCAUGAUGCCCAUAGUAGGAUUUCUUAUCAUCAUCACAACAUUGCCUACAUGUUAGAAGUGGUGGAUACGGUGUGUGGUUAUGCAUACUCCGCCCAGAGGACUACAAUUAGAGCUAUGAUCACUAGCACUAUCGCUGGAGGGCUAGCAUUGAUUAUGGCAGUGGCACUUAUCUGGAACCAUGACCCAAAAGAAGAAACACCCGCUCACACCGAACACAACCUGAGAAUGCCACUCCUGAUAUUGCUCAACUGGUGUCGCAACAACUAA